AAGUAUCGCGAGUUUCUCUCAGACGUGAACUUCCUGGAACAGUUGUUUGGAUAAUGGCGGACCGUCAAACCUAGCCAACGGCCGUCAUAACUUAUCAUUAAAGCCGGGAAACAUACACCGAAAGGCGGGUAGCAGGUACAAUAAACUUUUAGGUAGAGCUGACAGAAUCGCCAGCUGUCCGAUGUGUCCAGCAGUCCAGAAGACAAGGUGGACUUAUGUCUCUCUGAAUAAAGCUGCUGGAAAGUUGGCAUAGCGAUGUGGAGUCGCUUGCGAAGUGAGGCGGGGCCACCAGCCUCUGUCUCUUCCCAGCCUGCCCUUGCUGGGCAAGACAACAGGAGAGAGAUAUCUCAAGCCUGGAUUAGUCUAAAUCAGACCAAAGCUGCCUUGCGACACAUUGAGAAUCGUCUGGAGGCAGCACCAGGCACUGGAGUGCUUCUGGACUCGGUGCUAGACACAAAGAAAGCAUCUGUGAGUGGCGGUCGGAAAAUAAGCCGCAGAGAUGGGCAUCAUGCGGAGGAAAGUGGGUCCAAAUCCAGAACACGGAGUCGACGCAGCCCAGACAAAAGUUCCCGCAGUCCCUUGAGGAACAGCACUCUGGACAGUAAUGCCAGAAAACCCAGCGCUGUGGAGUUCAGAGAACCACUCGCUUCAUUCAGGGAAGCAUCUCCGCUGCCAAUGUCCCAGACUCACUCUGAACCAGAAGCCCAUUCAUUACAGGCAGAGGUGGGCAUCACUCAGCCUGACUUUGCUUUAAGCCAGCUGGUUUAUCAGCGUGAUACACGAGACAUGCAAACUGCAGACCUGGACAGCCCAUGCUCCUCGGCUAUAGACAGCACAUCUGUACGCUACCUCAAUGAUCGGUCUGCUCUCAACGCCAUUCAUCAGCCUGACCAAGCGACGCUAGGGUCAGAAGUCAGUCCCAGAACACACUUACAGGCUGAGACAUCCCAGACGUCUCUGAGGUCCAGUGCAGGUUCAAUUGCAUCCUCACAACGAUUAGAGAAUCUGCGACGACGGCAACCUGAUGAAAAGCUGGAGAAGCUGAAAGAGAGAAUCCGCAGACAGAGGGAACAUCUGGAAGAGACGGAAGACAGAAACAAGCUGCUGGGAUACCUGGAGCAACCUGUUGGUAUUGGGGCAGCAGGACACAGUACCACAGUACCUACUGCUAAAGUUCGGAAAGUGGCCCCAGCCCCUCCCGCACCUAUUUAUAAAGGCUUCAAUACUAUUGAGACUAAGAUUCGCACACCUGAUGGGAAAGUGUGGGCAGAGGACGACUUCCAGAACUUAAGCAGAGAAAUAUACAAAGACUUGACGCAACAGCUCGCAGCAGAGAGCACAAAGCCAAAGCAGAGGCCUGGAGAGCGAGAGAGGGUGAAAGAGAAGAAACCAUCGAAGCCUGUUAGGAAAGUACACAGAUCUUCCUCUGCACCAGACUCAAAUGUUAAACCAGCGAUCAGCACGUCAGCAUGGCGAGAUGGGCAAAAGCUGGUGAAGAUGAUGCUGGGGCCGCCACCACGGUUACACAGAGAGCCUCGGGCGCAGUCCUCAGAGACACAGAUGAGAACAGGCCCUGCCCCCCGUUCCAGCUCUGAUCCUCGUCUUGAGCGUAGCCGGCGUUCAAGGCCUAGCAGCGUGGAAAGAUCUCGCAAUCAUGUUCUUCGGGAUGAGCCUGCUGGACCCUCCAGAUCUGCAGGGGAUGAUAGAAGAAAGUCUCCCAGCACAGACCUCCUCUCAGCUGACAUCCGUGGCAUUCUAGAUGACCUGCAAUUAGAAGAGGACAUCAGCAGAAGGGCGGCAGCGUCCAGCUCCAGAGUUCGUGCCUCGACCCGAGCUUCCCGCAGUGCCAGCCCUGCCAAGACCACCAAGAGAGCAGAGCCUCUUGAGCACCCUGUGCCAAAGAAACGGCACUAUGACGCAGAAGCUGUGCGACUGUAUAUUGUUCAAAAGCAGGAAGAGCGGAAAAAACGGCAAGCGGAGGAGAGGAGGGCUCAGAGAGAGGAAGAAGAGAACAGGAAUAAACGCCUACAGGAGCUCUACAGGAGACAACGAGCAGGGGCUGCCAAGGGCCCAGUCGCACCUGAAGCUCCAAUAAAGAAGAGGCUACAGGAAACAUACACCAAACUGCUGCUGGAACAGUCUCAGCUCAGAGGAGAGAUCAAUGCAGACAUGACAAACAUAAGCCAGCAGCUGAGACCAGUAUACCAGCCGUCUGGAGAGUCUGAUAAAGAAAACAAAAGACAUGAUCGACCUCAAAGUGCCACCUCCAGCAGUGAUCUGUCCCUUACAGAGCAACGGCAGCCUCCUUUCUCCAGGAAUGAGUUGGGAUUUGCUGGGUCACCCUGGCUUCAAUCCGACCAGCGUAGUCCUGCUCUGAGGGUCAGCAGCUCUUUACCGCCCCCUUCUGGUCAUAUCUUCUCUCAGCUGUUAGAACUUGAUCCAGAACCUUCACUACCUAACAGAGAGUCCCGAACUGCACAUGCGUCGUUGCUCUCAGCCACAGGCCGCAAAAUGAGCCGUAUUGAGGCUCUUAAGGCUACCGCUGCCUCUCUCUCCAGCCGCAUUGAGAGCGAGGCACGCAAGCUAGCCGGUGCCGGGAUAAACUACGGUUGCAGCAGGGAUACAGGCACGGGUCUUUUAAUCCCUAACGAUGACCGCUGGGCUAAAUCUGUCAGUCCGCCAGUCAGAGAGAAUCCGACAGAUUCUGAUGACCUGGUCGAGAGGAUUGAAAGACUGCUUGCUGCAGGUCAGAGCACCUAUGAUGAGGCCCUACCAGGUGUUGGCAACCUGCACAGCUUUAGGGAGAGGAUAGAGAAUGGUAACAAACAAACACCCACGGUCUCUGGCCUCCCUACUAGAAACGUACGCAAGACCCCUUCUCCUCCAAAGCCUGUUGUUCAAGAAGCUGAGCUGGACUCCAGCGGAGGUUCAAUCAGCGAGGGUCCUCUGCUGAGCGAGGGCAGUAUAUCUGACGAAGACCUACAAGAGCUGCCCAAAUCCAGACUGAGAACCACAGGAUACAGUGCAGCCCAUUCAAAUGGAGACAUUUUAAACCCAAUUUCACGUUUUCAGAAAGAGGCAGAGAAGCACCUGCCCUUUAGUUCGGCAAGUCUGGCACAAGGAGGAAGCAAUGGACCGUGGGAAGAACUGGCCAAGGGAAGCCCACACAGUGUUAUUAAUAUAUUUACAAAGAACAUGAGUUACGGCAAAGAGAGGGGCAGUAAGAGUUCUCCGGCUCUCCGCUCUGUUCUGUCUGGUGCCAGCUCAUUGGAUGGAAUGGUCUAUGAGGAUGACUUUGUUUCCUCGCGUGGCAGUAGCCAAUCAGCAUCCAAGAGAAGUCCCAAUGGGCUCAGUAAUGGCCAUGGUCACUUCAGUCCUUUAGACGAGUUGCUAAGUGGGAGAUCUGCAUACACUAACAGAGCUGGAGAGAGAUCUCAGCGUUCACCAGCUCUCACACCCCUCUCCUCUCCACACUCAGCCAGCUCAAGCAGCAAGAGAGCCUCAGAAAGGAGCCCGCUGGAGGGACAAAGAAACACAUCCUCUGCUGUCUCUGAUCUCCCUUCUGAGGGUCAUAAGAAGAGUGGCUCAGAGAAAGCAUUCAGUCACAGCUCUCACAGGAGCGUGGACACAGACGGCACACUGGGGGGCGCCUCAGUUCACUCCAACCAUAGUCAUUUUGGCUCUGAGGGAAAGAAAUCUCCCCGAAGUCCUGGUAGGACUCCUGCCACUGCUUCUCCAGCCAGCUCUCGUUCUUCCCGGUUGUCUCCAGGUGACAGUAUCCCAAUCAGAGAAUCUGCCCAAGGGUCGGGCUCCCCUCACACAGCUGUUCCCAGUUCCUCCUCAUCUUCCUCCUCAGCUGCUAGGGCUAAAUCCAACCCCUCACCCCAUACUCAAAGCCCAGGAAGAACAGAGCACAGGACUGCAGUCUGCUAUGUGUCCCCAGAUUCAGCGGAGCUCCAGUUUGCUCCUGGGGUCCUGCAGCAACGCCUGUCUGCUGAGCUCAGUUACCUGGAUGCAGUGGAGGAGUCUGUGCGACAGCUUAGUGAUGUGGAGAGAGUGAGAGGCGUGUCUCUCGCUCAGCAAGAAACUGUCUCGCUCGCUCAGAUUCUAAAGUCCCAGCAGCAGAGGCAUGAACGUGACCUGUACCUGCUGAGGAUGAAGGCAGAGCAGGAAGCCCUCGAAACUCAACGGCAGCUGGAAGAAAGCAGACAGAAAGCUGCAAGGGCCCAUGCCGAGCUGCAUGAGAGUUUGCUCCAGUCUCAACAGCAGGCGUUAGGAGGUUUGCAUGAGACCACAAACAAGAUGAUCAACCAGCAAGCUGAGGCCGCACGCCACACAGCUGAAACGGCACGACACAUUAAAGAGAUGACUGAGCUGGCUCGUUCACAGAUUGCGGGAGCUCUAAGUGUUCCUGGACCCUCUAUUACAACCCCGUAUGACCAACAGAGACAGCACAACCGCAGUUUGAAACAGCACCAGCCACACCCCCACACAGACAGUAGCUGGAAGAGUGAGCUGUCUCCUGAGAGACAUCAGAGUCCGUCAGAGGUCGAGACACCACCAGACAGCCUCUCAGAAUCCAUCCCUUCCAGGAGACCCACCAUCAGUGGUGGUGGCAGCAGUAGUACCCAGUUGAGUCCACCUCGUUCUGAUCAAAAGGAGAGGAGGACACAAGGGAAAGACAGGAGCAGUAGUUCAGUGGAGGACCAGGCUCACACCGCUGCCGAUGACUCCCUUUGCUCGGACAGUGUGCGCAGCCUGCUUGAAGAAAAAGACUCUGUUGCUACAGAGUACUCUGUGAAGUUUGAUGACUCUAUGACAGAGGAUGACAUUGAGGAAAGAUCGUUCCGCUCUCUUUUACCAUCCGAGGCUCACCGUCGUGAAUCGCUGGACAGGAAGCCCAGUGCUCGCCCCGAGUCUGAUGAUGACCACAGCCACGACAGAUCCAGCCCUAGAGUGAGCUCAAAGCAGGAUGACAGCAUGCCCUUCUCCAGCGGACAGGACAGCUUCUCCAAGUUCACCAUGGACUUGGUGCGUCAGUACAUGAAGGAGGAGGAAGUUCGCGCUCAGCAUCAGAGUUCUCUGCUGCGUCUGCGUCAGAAGGCCCUCCGUGAGAAGACCAAGACUGAGCUAGCCUGGCUGGAACACCAAAAGAGGCGACUCAGAGAUAAAGGCGAAGAUGAUAAGAUGCCACCUCUUCGUAAGAAACAGAGAGGCUUGAUAUUGAAGCUACAGCAGGAACAGGCAGAGAUUAAACGGCUACAAGAGGCCAAUAAAGCAGCGAGGAGAGAAAGGCAGCUGCUCCUCAAACAGCAGGAGGAGAUUGAGAGAAUGAGACACACAACCCUCAAACUCAAAGAGCGGCUUAAGAGUGCUGAGGACACAAAGCUGGAGGCACCUGUGUCAGGUGUAGCGGAGGAGUCGGCUCCACCUAGUGUGACAGUGACAGAUGCAGAGACCCGUAGCCCCUCCCCCAUGUCUGUGUCUGGCAGUGAAACCAGCAGCAUCAUGCAGAAAUUGAAAAAGAUGCGCUCUCACAUGGACGAGAAACACUGUUCUCCUGUCCAUUAUUUCUUCUCUGUCUUUACUGCUCAUCACUGGGCCUCUCUGUCUGUCUGUCUCCCAAAACUUCACCCCAAAUUCCAGCUUUUUAUCUACAGCCAGUUGGUCAGGUUUCUCACUAAAAGAGAGCAGCAGUUGAUGCAGAGGCGCAGACAUGCAGAGGAACUUCUCGAGUGGAGGCAGAGAUUGGAUGCAGAGGAGGCAGAAGUGCGCCGCAUGGAGAAGCAAGCUCUAGCGGCCUGGGAAAAAGAGCAGCAGCCACGCACCAGAACACCACUGCAGCAGCGCAGCCGGGAAAGUGAGCACAGUAAAACCAGCGGUGGACAAGAGAGUCCCACAGGACAAGAAGCAGUCAGUGAAGAUGAUUCCCCGGCGCUAUCUUUGUCCAGUGUGCACACUGAUUUGUCUGUUCCAGAGCAGCUGGCAAGCCCUUCCUCAGACAGGCCUGUCUCUGAGCUCCACUCUCCUCAGCCGGGCAGCAGCCCUGCCCCUGAUACCCUCUAUUCACCUGAGUUUAACGCCACAGACAGCAAACAGUCUCCUCCAGGGAAAGCCAGCCUCAGCUCUCAUCAUUCAGACAGUAGCCGACCUGGCACUGUCACUGGCACCAGCGGAAGCAGCAAGAUGCAGGUGCGCUCCAACUCCAAGACCAGUGAGGCCCUCACCGGUGACCCUCAUUCGGUCACUCUAUUCGAGACCACAUCUGAUCAGAGUGAUAUUGAGAGUCGCAUUCGUGCCCUCAAGGACGAGCUCCGCAAGCGCAAAUCAGUGGUGUACCAGCUAAAGAAAGAGCAAAAGAAGAGGCAAAAAGAGCGACUGAAAGCUCAGGAGGCGAGUCUGCUGAAACAGUUGGAGUCAUAUAAUGACUUUAUUCAGAAGACCCAGGCUGAGUUGAGUAAAGAGCCUGACAGCACUCCAGCUACCAAACCCCAGAUUAAAACUCCCACGUCAGCCACUGAAAAGCCUCGGAUAAAACCCCCUCCUCUUCAGAGACCUGAGACUAGCAAGAACUGGAAAAUUGUCACAGAAUCUGAGAAAUCAGAGACUGUCCCCACGGAGGUGUCAGCAGAUAAAGAUGAGGUCGCACCAUCAGGACUUCAUAAGUAUGAACAUGAUGACAUUUCCUCAGAUGAAGAUCUUCCUACAGUCACUCCAACCCCAAUUAUGGGGAGUCCAGAACAUAUGGACGUUUUGAGGAGCUUGCAUAGUCCAGAGUAUCCAAGCAACCAGUCAGAAGAUGCCCUCUCAAUCAAAGAGCAUUCUGGCAGGCCAGAGGCCAAUGACCUCCUUUCGGGAGAUGAGAGCUUGGUCUCUAGCCACAAGUCCGGUAUUAUGGAGGAACUGGAAUAUGCAAAAACAGAGGUUUCUGAGAAAGACCAAUCUGACCAGCACUCUCACCCUCUGCUUAAACUGGAUCUUGGGCUUCAGAUGCCAUCUCUAAAGGAUGUGAGCUCCAAAUUUGAAGAGGAAAGAUUAUCUGCGAAGGAUGCUGAUGACAAGCCAGCAUUUCGAGAUUCUGCAGAUGCUGAAGAGAGUAUGAGAUUUGCUGACUCAAAUGUAUCGCCUGUGGCGAAAUCAAAAGAUAUAGACUACCCUUCAGCUGAAAAGUCUCCUCUAGUCAUAGAUCGUUCUUAUACCCCUGACUUCAUGUUGUCCAAGAGGGAGGAUUCACCAAAGAUGAAAGAUUCACAGUCACCCCCAGGUGAUUAUAACGAUGACUUUGAGUCUUCCUUUGGGUCGUCAUUCAAGGAGGAUAACCAUGAAUCAAAGCCUACAUCACCUUCUGCCCCAGAGCCUAAAGAAAAAUCUUUUAAGUCUCCAAUAUACAGUAGUGAAGAGGAAAUUGAAGAAGAAUUAAGUGUCCAAUCAGGAAGUACUAAUGGCAGCUUCCAAACUGAAAGUCAUGCAGACCUGAAUAGCCUAGGUAAAGAAGACAUCACCAGCCCUUCAAAAUGUCCAACUUCACCACAGCCCCAAAUGCCAAUCUUGCCAAUAAAGGAUGAAUUGCCAAGCUUCUGCAUUGGAGACCGGGUUCUGUUGAGUAAUGUACAACCAGGGACACUGAGAUUCAAGGGACAAACUAAAUUUGCCAAUGGAUUCUGGGCUGGGGUUGAACUGGACAACCCUGAGGGAAGUAACAAUGGAACCUAUGAUGGGGUGGUGUACUUUGAGUGUAGGGAAAAACAUGGUAUAUUUGCCCCACCGGACAAGAUCUCUCGUCUUCCAGAGAAGUUUGAGGCCAGUGCAGAUACAGAAGAUGAAGAUUCUUCAUGUGAUGACCAGCCAAACAGAAAAAGCAAAAGCUCAGAGAAGCAGUUGGAGAACAGAAAUCUGCUAAACAAAAUGAAAGGAGAAAAAUCUGACCUAAAUUUGCAUCCUGAGACCAGAGAGCCCAUGGAUGAGCAUGAAAAGCCAAUGGAACUCAACAUCAAACAGCUUUCCACUGGGCAAAGCACCUUUAAUAAAUCUCAGCAUAACCUGGAUUUUAAUGAUAUUGACUGCAAUAUCAUUAAGGACUGUGACAAAGGUCCGCACACAGUGCCUAACGGCAGAGAUGGGGACAUCAUUCUCAAAUUCGAGGACGCAUCUGUUGAAGUUGUUCCAUUGCUCAAUAAUUUAGAUAAAGGGACGUCCAAAAACCAAAAGCAGGAAGAGGAACCAACAGCAGUCAUUUUGGACCUUUUGGUUGAGGGUGAGAAAUCCAGAGUUGAUGGUCUUCAGAAAUCCACUGACAUCUCAAUCGAGGAGGCCAGUUUAGAUAAUGGAGAAGACUUGAAUAACAGAAGAGCUUUGACUACCCUCGCAGAUAAACUUGUGGAAAACUUCUUAAGUGAUGCAGUGAAGCAAUUUCAGAAGAUCAAGAAAGACAAAGAGGGGAAGUUAUCAGCUGCUAAUCAAUUGAAAAGAGACUUCAUCAAUGAAGAUGAUGGACUUAGAAGCAACAACUUCAAGUCUCAGAGCAGAUCACCAUCCAAAACAAAGACGGACAGUUUCCGCACCUUCUUUGAUGAUGAUCAGGAAGAACUUUCAUCUCCAGAGCAUUGCAACAGACCUGAGAGCCCUGUCCUGGGUACAAGUGGACAGGAAGAGCUAGCUAAACGUCUGGCAGAGCUGGAGCUGAGCCGUGAGCUCUUCGAUGUCCUUGGUGAUGAGCAGGACUGGUUCGAUGAGGACUUUGGUCUCAGUUCACGGAAACAGCAGCAAAAGCAAAAACGUCAACAGCAGCAAGAUGGGAUUUCUGGCUCCCUGAGUUUGGGUGAACAGGUCAAAACCCCACCCAGGCCUGAACUUCCUGUUCAGAUGAAGCAACCAGAGGAGCCUGCCAUGGUUGUUCCUCACACUGUCCAGGAGGUGGAGAAACUGGUCAUCGCUGCUACUCAGGAAAUCUGGAAAAGCUGCAAACUGGGUCAUGGUCGACCAAGUCUGACUGCAGUACCCAAACCUCAACCCUCUAAUAGUUUCCUGGAAGGAGACACCAAAGCCAGUGACUUGGAGGCUCAAUGUCAACGAAGCUACAGACUGGCUGUCUUUGAUUUAUCAUGGGAGGUCAUUCAAGACAUCUAUGCAGAAGAUCCAAAAGUUGAUCUGCCACAAUGGAUGAAGCCACGUCGCCUUAAUUCCACCUUCUUCCAUCGAGUGAAAUGCCCCAAUGACGUCACAACAGUCCAGGAAUUUGUCACCACUGAGGUAUUAAAGUUGUGUGGUCUAAAGAAAGAGCAUAACCAGAAAACAGACUGGCAGAAAAUGAUUAAAUUUGGACGGAAAAAGCGAGACAGAGUUGACCACAUUCUGGUGCAGGAGUUGCAUGAGGAGGAAUCCCAGUGGGUGAACUAUGACGAGGAUGAACUUUUUGUAAAGAUGCAGCUAGCUGAUGGGAUUUUUGAUGCCUUGCUAAAAGACACGGCUGAUGUUCUGACCCAAAUGCAAGAGAAGAAGUCCAAAAGAACUCUUUGAUGAUGCUUUCGUCUGUACAGAGAAAUGUUUUAGGUACCUUCUGUUUAACAUAAAAUCCAGGCUUUGGCAUAAAAGGACAUUCAGAGAGGAAUUCCCUUUCAGUCUGCUUGUGCAAUCCACGACAAGAACUAUAGUGGAUUCAGGAUUCAAUGCCAUAACACCUUAUCGGAGGUCUGACUUGUUGUGGAGAUAUUCACAUUCUCAUCCGGGAAGUCUGAUGAACUACGCUCUUGGUGUUCCGGUGUUAAUUGUAGCAGCUGUUCGGGUCCAGAUUCCCCAUACUGUGUCUGUUCAUCAUUGCUGCUAAAACUGGCUCUGCCAUUCUCAAGUCUUAUUAUUAAUAUACAAAUAGGUCAGAUCAAAUCAAGACAGACCUGAGGACUUAAAGACUUGGUUUUUAUUUCCAAUUAGAUUGUAUAAUUACAUAUACUUGUGUUUUUUUUUUUUUUUUUCUCUCUUUUAAUCCUAUUAAUUUAUUUUUUAAAAAGUAACAUUUGAAUUUGAAAGUAACGUUGGAAAGUAUGUAAAGAAAAGAGAUUAUUUUACCAUUGACGUGAUUAAUUGCAGAACUAAGCACAAUAAGUACAAUUUGAAUGUUGAAAUGGCAAUACAAUGUAAAGGGAUUUGAUGCAAGAUAAUGUUGAAUGCAAAAAUGUGUAAAUUAUAUGCUUUUCGAAAGCAACAGGAAAACUGUUCUAGUAAUGGUUUUGUUUUGCUCCUACAAGCAAUGUUGUAUUGGCAACACAUGCUGUGGUUACUGGAUGCCAAAAGACUGAAUUUGAAAUACAUUAGCUGUGCUAAACACUGACAUGCUGGGUUCUAGCCUUAACAUUUGCCUUUUAUCCCAUUCAUUUUAAGUGCCUCCAUUGUUAUGUUUGCUCAUGCAUGAGCGACUUUUCCCAGCCUUCCUUUAACUUGUCGUAACGGUCCCUUUGGCCUUAUUUCCUCUUAGCUGGACAAACCUCUAAUAGUGUAUAAUGUACAUUUCUGCCUUAUUUUGUGUGUAUUCAUCAUCAGAACCUUUUUAAAGUACAUUUUGGCCUUCUUAAGGAAAGAUGAAUGGUAAUGUUACACUAUCGCCGGCACAAGGACACAUUUGUUUACUUUUAAAGGAGGCGUUUUACUCGUCGUGUACCUUUUAGAGGAAUUGCUCAAGGGCUCAGCACAUCCAUCUUGUUUUUAUAACCAAACUCUGUUAUCUACAAAUACUGUGAUGUACAUAUUUGUUUUUACGUCAGUCUCCAUUACAAUCCUGGUUUCAUCAGAAACAUACUGUAUGUUCAUGAUAUGAUCAUAGUAUCUGAGAUGUUUAAUUAGCUGUAACCAGCCCUUCCUCGCCUCUGUAUUUUCUGAGCCAGUCUGUCCUAUAGUGACCUGCAGCGUUAUUGUGAGGUUAGAUCUUGAGUGUUGUGCCGUGUCAGUGGGUUAAACUUCAUCUAUGCAGCAACAGAGUCUCUGAUACCCAGCAUCAGUCGCUCAUACAAUAGCACGUCUAAUUAUAGGUAACGGAGAUCUCUACCUCGUUCCGAGAAUAGGCUACUACUAAUAGUCUUUUUGGCUAGUAAGUUUAAACUUUUAACUAUGGGCAGGUAAUUCUCUGCCUUGGGGGAAAUUAGGAUUUGUGUGGCACAAAUGGUUUGAUAAUCAGUUUCUACUUUUAAAUUGGUAGGUCAUAGAAAUGUUUUUCAUCCCGUAAGUGUAUGUAUAUUUAUAAUGAUGUACUGUGAGUGACAGAGGUGCACUUGAAGACUUGUAAAUUGUUUUACCCAUGUAAAUAGUCGACGCCUAUCUCCUGUGAGUGGACUCAUGGAAGAUUGCUGUGAAAACGGACAUGGUUCCUUUUGCUUCCAUGUACAUAUUAUAGAUAUAUUUGUUAACUGAACUGAUCCUUUGGAAAUUGUAAAUAAAGAUGAUCUCAUUUCUGUCAA